AACCCUGCUUUCUCCAUGGCUCUGCUUUGGGCCAGCUGGUCACUCCUGGUUGCCAUGGAGAAUUAAAGUCACAGUGCGGAUUAUUAUUCCUCGCAGCCUUUGGCUCCGAGUUUAAUGAAAGGCGCAGAUAUUCUGGACGGACUGGUUUCUGUGCUUCCUGGAUUAUACCGGAAGUAGCAGCGCGUGGCGAUUGUGAUCGAGGCUCGCGUCCGCUUCAGAGGCGCAUGGACGCCCACAGCUCAGCCUCCAUCCUGCAGGGCUGACGGAGCAGCAGCAGCAGCAGCAUGAUGCCGUCUGAGGUGGAGUACAGCCCGGUGGGAGAGGGGCUGGGCAUGCGGGACUUCUGGCUCUAUGCGUGGCUCCGCAGAGCGGCUCUGAUCUUGGCUCAUCUCAGCGGCCUGGGCCUCAGCCUCAGCAUCUCGGUUCUGUCCAGACCAGGAACCAGUCUUUUUUCUUGGCAUCCAGUGAGCAUGUCUGUCGCAUACUGCUUGUGUAUGACUGAAGGGAUCCUGCUCUUCUCCGCUGAGGGAACCAUCUUCUGCCUGAAGUCCCGGAAGAGUAAAGUCCGUUUCCACUGGUUGUGUCAGGCGCUGGCCCUGGUAGCCGCCGCCGUCGGCCUGGGCUUCAUAGUGGCCAGUAAGAACGUCUCUGAGCUGCCCCACCUGGUGUCGUGGCACAGCCUGCUGGGGUCCUGCACGCUGGCUGCCUCCCUGCUUCAAGCAGCCUGCGGCGUCUGCCUCAUCUUCCACAAGCAGCUGCGGCUCUCCGCCUCCCUGGCCAGACUCAAGCUGUACCACGCCACCUGCGGCCUGCUGGUCUACCUGCUGGCCACCGUGACGGUCAUGUUGGCCAUGUUCUCAGACUGGUUCCAGGCCACGGUGAGGGGGGGAGUGUGGUGGGUUCUGGUCAUGCUGCCGCUCAUCCCUGCUCUGGUGGCGAUGAACCAGAUCACCAACGCCUACCUGCCUCGCAAGAAGCUGAGCAGCUAGCCUCGGCCUGGUCAACAUUCACUGUCCAUCAGACGACUCAACUACCUGAAGAGUUUUUAAUUUAAACGUAAAAUUUUGUUUCUAAAGCUUUGAUGAGAACAGUUUCUUACUUCUUUCCGUCCUGUUUUACCAAGUCCACACAGACGCCAACUAGGGGUGAACGGGGCAAAUGCAGUACGGAGCAUCAGAUGGAGACCUGAAUGUGUGCAGCAACUUAAAUAGUGGAAGAUGAAGCUAAAAGUAUUUCCUCUCUAUGAGGAUCAGCUGCUGCAAUAAAGAUGCUGAGGAUGACUUUAAACCUGUUAGGGGCAUUCUUUAGAUUAACUGGCCUAUUUAAUAUAAAACAGGUGCUGUGCUGUGGGAAAAAAAAAAAAACGCUUUUGAAUUCGAUGCCUGGUAGUGGAACAAGAGAUUGAAGUAAAUAAAUUAACAAACUGAUGAGCAGCAGCUGCAGAGGAUCCAAGAGAGGAUUUCCUCCAGAAUCAGAGCUGGUGGAGCGUCUUUUAAUUUCCCUACUUUAUAAAGCCCUGCUGCUUUAUAAAGAUCAGCUGCUUUAUAAAGAUCAGUUGUUUAUAGAGAUCAGCUGCUUUAUAAAGAUCAGUGUUUAUAGAGAUCAGCUGCUUUAUAAAGAUCAGUUGUUUAUAAAGAUCAGCUGCUUUAUAAAGAUCAGUUGUUUAUAAAGAUCAGCUGCUUUAUAAAGAUCAGUUGUUUAUAGAGAUCAGCUGCUUUAUAAAGAUCAGUUGUUUA